AUGGCGGUAGAAGUCGAGGCGAGGGCGCUGGUUGAAAGCAUAAGAUCAAAGCUUUGGUGCUUGGUCACAAAUGAGUUUGUUUCUACCUUGAACGAACUACUCAAUGUCACCGUCGACCUCCACGACAAUUCGGCGCAAUUCCUGCUAGAAUUGCUCCAGAAUGCUGACGAUAGUGAAUUCACAUGCACUGAUCCGAUGGUGAAACUUACAUACAGGCCUGGUAGCCUACGUGUAGACUGCAACGAGACAGGCUUCUCGGAGGAGAACGUGAGAGCAAUAUGUGAUAUCAAGAAGAGUACGAAACGCUUCAAGAGCGAUGCCAGUCGGUACACUGGCGAAAAGGGUAUCGGAUUCAAGAGUGUUUUCAGGGUUGCAAGUCAAGUCUGGAUCUGCUCCGGUCACUACCGCUUCAAAUUCAACAAGCACGAACCGCUUGGUAUGAUCACACCAACGUGGUCAGACUUCCCAGAAGCAAGCCUUCCAGGUUUCACAUCCUUCUACCUCAAGCUCGACGAAGAUUACGAUGCAUCAGAUCUUGAGCAAAGACUGCGCACUUUUGAACAUGUCUCCCUGCUAUUCCUCAGGAAAAUUCGCGAGAUUGACCUCCGCAUUCAACUCUCAGAUGGUACGUAUCUGUCCCGCAACAUUCGAAGGACCGAUUCUGGAACCGCCCGCGAGCUCUCAGUCUCUCAGCGUUCAGUGACGCAAAACUUCCAUUACCUGGUCGAACAUCAUCACAUUCUUUCGUUGAGUCCUGUUAAGGCUCGACCAAACCACGUGCAAUCGGAGCUAAUACUGGCGUUUCCCGCUGACCUCUCUUCUUGGGAUGUGCGAUCAUUACGACAUAAUGUGUAUUCAUUCCUACCAGUAAACAAUUACGGUUUCAAGUUUGCACUCCAGGGCGACUUUCUACUGACCGCUAACCGACAGCAAAUCGACACCUCAUCCCCCUGGAAUCAGAGCCUUCGAGACGGCGUGGCGGAUGCAUUUGUGCGAGCUGUUCGACGCUUCAACAGUGAUGAAAGCCCCAUCAAAUAUCAGUGGCCGCUCUAUGUUCCCGGGCCUGGAACGGCCGACUUUUUCCAGGAAACCCGGACUUCUAUUCUGGCAAAUUUGAACGCUGAGCCAGUCCUAGAGACUUAUGCUCAAGGCAUGGCCAAACCCUCAGAGCUAACCUAUGUGGAUCCUGAAAGAUAUGCGGAUCGAAAGGGAACGCCUUUCACUCUGAGCUCUUCCACCGAGACACGCUACCUUUCAUCAAAGUACUCCACUAGUGCUAUUACGUCAAUCCUAUCGUCGUUUAGCGUCCGCCACCUCAGUAGUGAGCAGUUCUUCAGCGAUCUUAGGUCGAUGAUCGUCAGCGACGCCCCAAGCUAUCGCCGUCGCGAAGCCUCGUGGCACGCACAGCUCGCAAGAAUCUUGAUCAACCUCAAUUUAGUCGUGAGACACAAGGGUACCCUACGAGAACUAUAUAUCAUCCCCCUUGCCAAUGGGCACUGGACCUGCGCAGCGACACAACCAGUCUUUGUCUCCGAAAGCCAUCGGCACGCCAAUCUCUCAGCUCACCACGCGGGCUUUCAGGUAGUGGACCACGAUAUUAUGGAACAGGUAGAUCGACGUGAACUGUUUGAGAAAUUGGGAGUCGCAACAGUCACAGAUACUUUAUUGUGCGAACACAUUAGCGUCCUCCAUGCCUCCCGCACUUUCAGGCCAGAGCUAUUCACCCGCACACAGUUGAUCUUCCACGCAAGACUCCUAUACAAGGAACGAUGGAUUCCCACCGACCUAUGGCUCGUAGCCUCUGAUGGUCAAUACCUUAAAGGUUCCAAGCUCUACAUACCUGGCGGCUUCAAGAACAACUCUCCUACAGCCAAGGUGUUUCGUCGACUACCCGAAAUCUUUCCGCUGAUACACCCAGAAUACAUUUCAAGCUCAAAUGGGGAUAAGAGAUUCAUCUCAUAUUUGAUUCAUAACCUUUAUCUUUCGAAGGUACCGCGGCUUGUGACGUUUUCCAAAGCAUCGAGAGGAGGCUUUAAGCUGUCCGACGAGUUCAAGACCAUUUUCGAAAAGUGUCCAACAGCCGAUGCUCUAGGUGUUUUGCAUGAUCAUUGGAGUGUUUACUAUCCAUUUAUAAGGCCAGAUACGUCAGAAGAGCUUGCCGAUGAGCUGUCUACAUCGAGAGAUGCUUUAGUAAAAGCUAUCCGCAGUCUCAAGGUGGAAACAAGCAAUGGCCAACAAUAUCUUUCAACCACUGUCAUCCCUGGACUGGAUCCUGUUCUAGAGGAAGACUUUGACCAUUGCACGAUGCCUGUCCUAACGAUGGAUAAACGUAAGGCCAGAGACAUGCGCCCAAUGCUUGAAAAUUUCGACGUGUACGUGCACAAUGAUGUUUCCUAUUACAUCGAUUGUCUCAUUUGGAUCAAAGAAACAGCCCGUCCGCAGAAGGAAGCCUUCACACAUAUCUAUGAGGCGCUGCAGUCGCGCUUCGAUAGCAAUGAUGACCCGAUUGAGGACCUGUUCAAAGAAAAUGCUCUAAUCUACCUUCCAUCAGUUGACCAGCGAUUAAAGCGUGGCCGAACGAAAGAGUCGAGCUGCUGGUUCACCGUUGACGAGUGCGCAAACCUUGGGAAAACUCCCGAGAAAGAGUACCCUAGCUGCCACAGUUUUUUCCGCUCCUUAUUGGUUAUGGCACAGGGCCAGCUCCCAACUCUGGUCCAAAAAGCAGCAUCUGUCAAACCCUCGACCAAGCUCAACGAGAUCACUGAGUGCUUCUUGCAAUUAAGCAAGGUAAUGCCAGAGAUGAGCGCCCGAGGAUUUCGUCGCACUGUACGACUUCUUCGAAACAAACCAAUACUUCCAAUCACCAUGAAAGGCAACCAGUCGACUCUCCCUAACUUCUAUGCUGCUGACGACACAUCGAAAUGGUUUAUUGCAGACAGAUCUCACUUACGUGGGAGUUUCAUUGGUGUCGUGCCUCUUCUAGCCUUUUCAGUUUCUGAUGUUGUUGCCAUGGAAGACCUUCUGAGAGCGUUGCAACUGGACGCUCGGAGGCUAUCGAAGCUUGCGCAGAGCAACACAAUUGCACAUCGACCAUUCAAGUUUUCCGACUCCAAGUCAAAAUACAUUCGCCGUCGUGUCCCCUUCAUUGAUGUUUUAAUCCCAAAGUCCAAAUCCGAUUCUGAGAGGGAGAGGAUAUUGAAACAGUUGAACAAUAUCCGCGUCAGUACGGCUGACGCAAUCAUAACAACCUAUAAAAUCAGCCACGAAGGACAUCAAUACAAAGGCACGGGUUGUAAAGCUCGCGCAGCGGCCUCCUUAAGCAACAACACCUUGCAGAUCUACGUCCCAGAACAUGAGAACACUUCCAGAUACCCUUCUUUCGAGCUUGUAGAUGAGAUUGCGAAGCACUGUGGUAUCGACACUCCGGCUAGCGUGACAUUGUUGUAUGCAGCGCUUGGUGAGGACAGUAUUGCAACUUCUCAACUAACAUUUGAAAAGAGUGGGCUUCAUGUCGCUCUUCCAAAUUCUGGCGAAUCCUCUUCGGCCCGCUGGUUAAGUCUUUCGGGGGGUCUCGUGAAGGUCCCAAAUCCCCUUCGAUACACCGAUAGCGAUGAUGAUUCCACGAGCGGCUCUGAUUGGGCAGGUCCAUUUGACGGUUUUACGCUGCGACUUGGACGUAGAAAAUUGAAGAAAAGAGCCGGAAACCACAGACAUGGGAAAUUUGCCGAUAGGCGAUUGAAGAUGAUGAAUAUUAUCGACGGCGAGAUCGACUUCUCUGAUGAUCUUACUGACGGCAAAACGAGAUGGUACUGGAGCCAGUGCCCCGACCCGGACCGAGAGCUGCAGUAUCUAGGAGAGCGUCUGCUGUCUCAAGUCUUUGAAAAUGAGUUGGGACGCUUCUACGACCCGAACAUCCAUUGGGUCAGUCCCCUGAGGACACGGGCUGGACUUCCAGGUUUUGGAGAGAGGGAGGAUCAUUCUUGGGCCUCGAGUUUCCCCUUCAUGCUGGUGGGUGAUAGCAUGGGAGACGCCGCAAGGAAUUUCCUCCUCCCGAGAGCUCCUGCAAACCUCAUCCAGCGGAUAAAGGAGUCCAGAGUCUUCUUUUUUGAAAUUGCAUCCUCUGGCUAUGGCUCGGAUGCCUCCAUACCUUGGAGUACAACACAAAUGGAAAAUAUACACAAUUUCUGGCUCAAUGAAAUGCUGAAUGAGUCAAGUGGCCUCAUGUUGAUUCUCGUUCGGAUUGGCGACAUGUAUACACAUCCUUAUUUCGAAUAUCAUUUCCAGCCUUGGGAGCUUUUCGCAUCUGGGAUCCUGAAACUUCGACCUGGCUGGGCCUGCGAAAUAAUAGAGACCAUGGUAGAGUCCUCAAUGCCUAGGGUUGCUGGUUCUAGGACAGCUGCAGCGGGGCACAGAGCGAUCGAAAGCAAUCAACACAGUGUUUCCACAAUGCAAGCACAAAUUCUGCCUGAUUUAUGCCCCUGGAGAACACCGGAAACGGGUGGCACUUUCUUCGCCAAAGAUGUCAAGUCUACGUAUAACUACCAGCCUCUGAGGGAGGGCGAAAUCCGCUUGCUAACGGUUUUUCCCGGGGAGCCAACCGAUCCUCUUCGUGGUAUGAUCUGUACCGUUGCAUUCGAACAUGCAGGAAUCUAUAAGACGCUAUCCUACACCUGGGGCGAGGAGAACCAGAGCAUGCAUAGGCUUUCGAUGCCAGAUGGAGACUUACUCAUCCGAACCUCGCUCGAUGCGGCGCUCCGCAGGCUACGGCGGAGGGAGAAUUCGAUCGCCCUCUGGGUAGAUGCCAUCUGUAUCAACCAGCAGGACGAGAUUACCGAGAAACCAAGCCAGAUUCGUCUUCUUGGCCGCAUUUUCCAGGAAGCCAAUUGCACCUUGGCUUUCCUGGGGGCAGACCAGGAGAGCAGUUGUGCUAUUGAAACUUUGAUGCAAAUCAGGGCAAAAGGAAUUUAUGGCACUUGCGAGAAGCACUGGCCAAAGUGUUUGCCAGCGUGUGCGCCCUCGUGGAGCGAGAUGAAUAUUCCCCGAGCGGAAGACCCUAUUUGGCAGCAAAUCGUGGCCUUCUUUCAACGUCCAUGGUUUCGAAGAGCCUGGGUGGUGCAGGAAGCAAUUGCAGCGCCGGUAGUAAAAGUGGUGUGUGGCAAAUGGAUCAUCGACUGGGACGACCUUUUCCUCGCCAUUGAGCAUGUCGAGCGAGACAUAAAAUGCAUCCCAAAAGUUGACCGGACCGCUUGGCAACCGUUCCUAACCCUGGCUAGGCAUCGCGAAUGGGAAGCGCGGCACACUCGCUGGUCAUUGAUUCGAAUGCUAGAGACAUUCAGGCAUGUCGAAUCAGGACGAAUGCGAGAUCGGUUAUUUGCUUUGCUUGGCCUUGCGGCUGACGGCGACAGAGAUGAGUUCGAGCCAGACUAUCAGAGCGACUUCGAAGUUAUUGUUAGUCGAUUUGCCGAGGCUUUCGUGUGCGAUGGACACGGUAUAGAGCUCCUCACUCGGGCUGGUCUCAACCCCCAGUCUGAUCGAUUCCCCUCCUGGAUACCUGACUGGACCGUGCCACGACAGAUUAGCCUUUCAGACUCCUUCGACCGGGGCGGUGUUUACAAUGCGUCCGGAGACUCCGAGGGAGAGUUUUCCGUCACAAAGGAGCAAGACUUCCACGAAAUUUGCGUCCAAGGAGUGCUCUUGAGCCAUAUCGUGGAGGUGAGCAAAAAUUCUAAUUUGCCGGACGGUGGCGAUUCCUUCAAAAAUUUGAAAAUGUACAUUCAAGAAGUCGACAAAAUGGUCGACAAGUAUUUGUCUCAACAGAGUGAAAGCGACCGCGAACGUGUGAAAUGGCAGGUUCCCAUUGCAUAUGUCGAGCCCGAAGACCCCGAUGUGAUCGCGUCGUCAAAGGCACUGCGAAAAAUCUUGAAGAAGGACAAAUACCAAGGUUCCAAGAAGCAGGGUUUGGUGCAGAAGGCCAUUACCUCCUACCUCGAGGCUGAUCCCAACAUAUUGGAGCCUGAAUCAGCUGCUCCGGAGGAGGAAUGCUCAGCCGCAGACGACGGGCUCGUUGGGCUUGUUGAAAAGAGCAAAGCCUACCUGUCGCUCCUCAAGGGCCCCGUGCAAGGGUGGAGAUUUGUUGUGACAAAUACGGGCCUGGGGGGAGUGGCACCAAAUAUCGUGAGGCGAGGGGACCGCAUUUCUCUCCUGAAUGGGGGCAAAGUCCCCUUUAUCUUGAGGCCGAGUGAUCAAAGGCCCGGGGCGUUUCGACUGGUGGGGGAGUCUUUCUUUCUAAACUUGAUGGAUGGAACAUGUUUCAAGGCGGUGGACAGAGAGUACAGCACUCAUAUCCGAAUUCAUUGA